UUAGUUCAGUUGUGUUCUGCCACAUUUCGCGGUCUUGUUGACAGCAGGUACCAUUGCUGCGCGAAUUACCGGGGAAAAUAGGUAGAAGUCGCAAGCCGCUGCUCAUAUUGUGCAACACCCCUGCUACAAUGCAGCUGAUGAAAGUGCUGAUGGAGGAGACCAGGGUCCCAAAGGCCCAGCAGCGCCUGUUCCAGCAGUCCUUGCGCUCCGGCCAGCCGCUGCCGACCUUCGAUCGUUCUGUUCGGCACCGACCUCGGCCGUCCCGGCCUGCUACCCGCGAGCGGACGGAAAGCACGUGCGGCCGCCGAAGCCAGGACACCAUCAGCCGUCUAGAGAGCGGCCAGCCGCCCGUCUACCGGCCGGUUCCAGGACGUGACCGGGACGCCGAGCGGGAGCGGCUGGCGUACGUGAUGACCCACGGCCGCGAUGAGCUGCCGCUGGCCGGCGCCGCCGACUCGGCCGAGCCGGACAACAGCGGGGGUGUGGCGGGAGGUGGAGGAGCGGCAGCAGUUCCUGCGGAGAUGCGCCAGCUGGGCAGAGCGGACGAGUACGAGGCCAGUCAUCCGCGCGAGGUCGCCCGCAUCGUGAAGGAGAUGGAGCAGCUGUCAGCGAGAGGAGCGGCAGUGACUUGA